AUGGCUGGACCUAUUCAACCGCUCAGCGUCGAGGGCAGAUAUUUCUGGGUGGAUGGCAAACGGUUCAUGGUGAAAGGGGUCGUAUACCAGGAUCACAGAAGAAGCGGAAGCUGCAGAAGUGACCCGCUCGCUGAUGAUGGAAUCGAGGACUUGCGAAGGGACUUGGAAGCUUUCAAGGAACUGGGGCUGAACACCCUCUUCGUUUUCCAGAUUGAUCAUACGAAAAGUCAUGAUGCAGUUAUGAAGCUGCUGGCGGAUGCUGGCAUCUAUGUUUUGGUUUGCCUGUCCACUCCGGAGUUUUGCAUCAACAGGAUGACACCGCUCGAAUCGUACAAUCAAGACCUGCUGGAACACUGCUUCUCCACUGUCGAUUGCAUGGCAGCCUACCCAAAUGCCCUGGGCGUGCUGGUUGCAAGCGAAGUCAUCAACAGUCACGCCUCAACUGCCGCAGCACCUGUCAUCCGGGCAGUCACAAGGGAUAUCAAAAGAUACAUGGAAUUGGCCCGGGAGACUUCAGAACAGCGAGUGCUGCCGGUUGGCUACAGCGCUGCAGAUGUCAGGAUGUUCACUAGGUCGACCUUCGACUACCUCACUGCUGGAUCUAGGGAAGAGUCCAUCGAUUUCUACUUUCUGCAACUAUUCCUGGGCUGGCAGGAACUCAUCCAUGCAAAUAUCUGGCUACAAUCAACUGGGCGGUCAUUGACAGCCAUUUUUGCUGCGCAGGUCUUCCAGUUCUCCGACACAGACAUCCCAAUUUUCUUCUCUGAGUACGGCAGUAAUACCGUUACGCCCCGCGUGUUUCACGAGACUACGGCCAUCUACUCCCAAGAGAUGACACACGUAUUUUCCGGCGGCUGCGUGUACGAGUUCUACUGGGCUCCAAACAGAUACGGUAUUGUUGAGAUUACGCAGUCUCCUGACGAGACCAAGGUACUUCGCAAGACUGCUGAGUUCAAGACCCUCAAAAAGAGACUCCUUGGGUGCACUGAGCAGCCCGUCACUUAUGAAGUGCCAGUGACAGAUCAGGCCGAAGUCGAGCCGCGUCCGUUUCCAACUCGUUCGAACGCCUGGAAUGCGUCUAGUGAACUCCCUCCUAGCCCAGUUGACUGGGAGGAUGUGCGUUCACAACUGGAUCUGAGCUCGUGGGUCGUUCUCGGAGACGACAUACAGAGAGGAGGAACUGUGGACAGGCGGGAUGAUGAAUUCAACUUCAGAAUCCAAGCCAGCCUGGACCUUCAACUUGGCAGGAGCAAGUGA